AUUUGCAUCACCGGUGUUUUGGUGAUUAGCUCAUUGCGUCGACCGAGCAGCAUCAUCAUCAUCAGACUACGGAAGUCACAGCUUUGCUCUAUGACUUGUACGAGCACGUUUCUUGUACGCUUAUUCCCGGUUUCGCCCCUUGUGCUGUGUGUUUUCUUGAGUAUAACUAGCUAUUUGUAACUAUGGCGAAGGUGGAUACCUCCUCUAGCAGACCUUAUCACAUUGUUAUUUUCGGGGCUUCGGGUUUCACCGGGCAGUUCGUGGUUGAAGAGGUGGCCAGGAUCGUGUCGGAGGGCCCGAAUGGGACGCUGAAAUGGGCUGUGGCUGGGAGAAGCAGACAGAAACUGGACAAAGUUCUAGAGCAGGCCGCCGGAGCCCUCGGUAAGCCAGAGCUGAGGACUGCGGUGGAGGUCAUUGUGGCUGAUGUGGGAGAGCCUGAUUCUCUGGCCGCCAUGUGCAAACAGGCUGUUAUUGUUCUCAACUGUGUGGGGCCAUACAGGUUCUGGGGUGAGCCUGUGGUGAAGGCCUGCGUGGAGAACAGCGCACACUGCAUUGACAUCUGUGGAGAACCCCAGUUCCUAGAGAGUAUGCAGUUGAAUUACAACAGCCAGGCAGCUGAUAAGGGAGUGUACAUCGUGGGGGCUUGUGGCUUUGACUCCAUACCUGCAGACAUGGGAGUCCUCUACACCAGGGAACAAUUCAAAGGGACACUUACAGCUGUGGAGAGCUUCCUGACAGCCAGCACAGGACCUGAGGGUGGAUCUCUCAAUGACGGGACAUGGAAGUCGGCCAUCUAUGGUUUUGCUGACAGCGGGAAGCUGCGGAGCCUCAGGAAGAAGUUUGGACACAAACCUCUCCCUGUGGUGGGCUCAAAGAUCAAACGCAGGAGUGCCCUGUUCUAUAGUAAUGAGGUUCAGCAGUAUGCAGUCCCGUUCAUGGGAGCCGACCCCUCGGUGGUGAAGAGAUCUCAACGCUUUCUACUGGAGGAACACCAGGAAACACCUGUCCAGUAUGGUGCAUAUGCAGGAGUAGGAGGUGUGGCCAACAUCGCCAAGAUGCUAUUUGCCGGGAUGAUGUUCUGGUUCCUGGUCAAAUUCGACUUUGGACGAAACCUGCUGAUUAAGUUUCCAGAGUUUUUCUCCUUUGGUUUCUUCUCCAAGGAUGGACCAACCAGAAAGCAGAUGGAGUGUUCAUCCUUCCAGUUUGCGUUCUAUGGAGAGGGCUACACUGAGGGACAGGACCCCAGCCAGGGACGACCCAACGCUAAGAUCCGCACACUAGUCCAAGGACCAGAGGCAGGCUACGUGGCCACACCCAUCGCCAUGGUACAGGCUGCCAUCACCAUCCUGAACGAACCCACAGCCCUCCCCAAGAAGGGUGGUGUGUACACCCCAGGAGCAGCUUUUUCCAGAACCACACUGGUGGAGCGCCUCAACAAACAUGGCAUCCAGUUCUCUGUCAUAUAAUGUGUGACGACCUCUGACCCGACCCCUUACCCCAGGUCAUCAGUAUUGGCACUCGACUGGUGUUCUCACUAAUGGUCAUGCUGCAAAGAGAAAAUUGGCUACGUCAGCAACAUCUUAAUUAGGCUGAAGGUUACGUUUGUCCUUCCUUCUACCUUUGCAGCAUGGCCCGAUAAGGACCACCCUCUGUCUGACUGGGACUGUAGAGUCUUUUAAGAGACCGUUACUUUAUUGUCAAAUAAUGUCGCCUCUGCUUUAAUAAACUCGCCAGCGGUUGUGCAGUUUGUGUAGAGUAGGAUACAAAUGCCUCUUCUCCCCUGUGUGUGUGGUGGGUGUUCCAUGCCUGUGUGUGGUGGGUGUUCCAUGCCUGUGUGUGGUGGGUGUUCCAUGCCUGUGUGUGGUGGGUGUUCCAUGCCUGUGUGUGUGUGUGGUGGGUGUUCCAUGCCUGUGUGUGUGUUGUGUGUUUGAUACCCGUAGGCGUGCUGGUGUGUACCUGUGUUUUUCUUUGCAUUGUUAUGGAUGUUCCGGUAAGUUCUAUGUCCUUUCUCUGUUUACUUUUCAAGCACAUUGUCAGAAACCUUGUUUCAAGAGAAUCAGCACUUAUGAACGGUUUCAGAAAUUCUUCAUUUGUGAACCAUAAUGUGCAGCAACAUUACUUACCUGAGAUUGACAAAGCAGUGCUUGUUUGAGUUCAAAACACAUAGAAAGAUGGAGUGACGUGGCUUCUCUGUGUUUCACUGAUUUAUGCGUGUGUUGGGGCAGGUUUUGUCCUUGUUCUGUUUGCCUGCUAGGGCUAUAGUUCUUCUCUACCUGACCGAAUAAAACCAAGACUACUGAGGUCAACCAACCUUGUGUCUGAGUCCUCACUUUACCAGUAAGGGUUUAUUUACACAUAAAAUAUCAGAAGGCCUGGUCUGACAACUACUCUUGUCCAGGAGGAGGGGCAGUAUACCUACUACCUAUUCUGUCUACAAUAUCUACAAUUGUUUCAAGUCUACUGUGCAUGUAGUACCUUGGCACUAAGGGCAAAAUGUUGUUUUCAGACCUGUCUCCAGUUGUAACCUUCUCCCAUGUAUUAUUAAUUAAGCUGUUUUCAGACCUGUCUCCAGUUGUAACCUUCUCCCAUGUAUUAUUAAUUAAGCUGUUUUCAGACCUGUCUCCAGUUGUAACCUUCUCCCAUGUAUUAUUAAUUAAGCUGUUUUCAGACCUGUCUCCAGUUGUAACCUUCUCCCAUGUAUUAUUAAUUAAGCUGUUUUCAGACCUGUCUCCAGUUGUAACCUUCUCCCAUGUAUUAUUAAUUAAGCUGGUUUUCUGAUGAGUCAGCCAAAUAAACAUGUGCAAACUUAGCCGGCUGAAUGA